CUUCGUGUACGAAUACAUCGAUAAUGCUUUCCAGAGUCUGCCAAAGGAGCAAAGUCGUCGAAAGUGCUGUCUCAGGACCGCUUCUUCAAGCACGGUACUCUUCUAAUGUCGUGCAAGAGCACGAUGUGAUCCUCUUGCGCCAAAAAGGGCCGAAGAGGUUCUCGAGACGUAGCAUCUCUCCUCCCAUACAUCCGGAAUCUACGAUCAAAAUUGGCUACGGGGCGACAGUGCAGGGGUCAGAUAUCAUUGGGAAGAGUCUACCCAACUCCGUGACCGACAGCAAAGGCAAGAACGUACGACUCCACGAGCUGUCACUCGCCCAAUACGUGACGAACAGUCCACGCGUCGCGACACCGAUCUACCCGCAAGAUGCGACCCUAAUCGUGUCUAUGCUAGACCUGAAUCUCCCCGUCCCCGGGGAAGAUCCCGUGGCCGAUGCGGGACCUCCCGUCGAGAUAUUCGAGGCCGGUACGGGCAUGGGGUGCCUCACACUCCACUUGGCAAGGGCCAUCCACGGCGCCAACCCAGCGGUCCCCCCGGAGCUGCGGGAAGCACUCUGUGCCGCACCCUACGCCAAAGGCCGGUUACUUCGAGAAACGGCCACCGACGCGUCCCCGGACCUGGGAUCAAUGCCGCACGGGCUGGACCUCCCUUCGCCAGACCUCCAAUCCCAGCUCGAGACGCACCUCGCCGGCCGCCGCGCCAUCAUCCAGACCCUCGACAUCAACCCGUCCACGAGCCGCCAGGCGCACGGCGUGAUCCGGAAUUUCCGCCGCGCCCAGUACCUGCUCGACAUCGACUUCCACGUCAGCACGAUCCGGUCGUACCUGGCGCCCCGCCUUGCCCAGAGCGGGGGCGAGCCGUUCCUGGCGCACGCCAUCCUCGACCUGCCCUCGGCGACCGAGCACGCGGACCUGGCGAUCCGGGCCCUGCGGCCGGACGGGAAGCUGAUCGUGUUUACCCCUUCGAUCACGCAGGCCAUCGAGGCGGUCGUGUGGGCCGAGGAGUCGACCCAGCCGGUGUACAUGGACCGCGUGAUCGAGCUGCCGGAGUCGACCUGGGCGGAAGGGUUCCACGACAGCGUGGGAGGACGGGAGUGGGAUAUCCGUAGCGUGAUGCCGCGGAAGUAUGCUCGCAAGAGCAGCGGGGCUGGAGAGGAUGAUGACGGCGGCGGCGGUGAAGGGGGGGCAGGGGGGGCAGGGCCGGGAGAUGAGCAAGCUGGGUCGGCAGAGGUCGAGAAGUCGAAGAAGGGCAUGGUUUGCCGGCCCAAAGUAGGGAACAUUGUGGGUGGUGGAGGUUUCCUUACCGUUUUCACUCGCAGAAUGGCACGCCAGGAAUUCGACCAGAGCCCCCCGGAGGAGUCGCCUGCUAGCAAGGGCGCAGAUGAUUCCCUAGACAUGGAAGUACGGAGCGGAGCGGCCUGA